AGAACUAGUUUAUAUCAGUGUCAGUCCUUUCUUGAGUUGGGAUUAUGUGGUAAGAAAAACAAUCUCCAUUCUAUUUUGUUUAAUUCCCUAGAUCUCCGCUGUAGUUAAUGACUUUCAAAAAUGUACAUUAAAAGUUUGUCGUUUAAUUUUAAUAUGAUUAAUUCAUUUUUUGCCUUUGAUUUUUGUAGUCGUUUUGCCAAAAAUGUUAACUCUAGAUGAAUAGUCUGUUUUGUUUUAAACCCUUUACGCCGACGGAGAUCAUUUCAAAUAAAUAUUGACGAAUGAGCUUGUCUGGUAGUUUAUCGCUUUGUUAGACAGGCCGAUAAUCGCGAUAAGCACGAUAAUCUUAUUUCUUAUCGAUUGAAGUCUCAUCCGAUCGGUCGAGUUUGAUUCAGUGUCUGUGUCCUGUCUUUUGGGAUUCUGUGUGUAAAUACGUUGCUGGCCCCGUCAACAUCACCAACAGAAUGUCUCCAAAACUGGAUUACGAAACAACCCUGACACCCGAAAUUAUUGAAAAAGCUGAAAAGGAACUCGGAGAAGAUGAGCAUCGACGAACCGAAAGUGUUUUGGCCCUACGCGAAUGGGCCAAGAAGCAACCUCAUUUACAGGCAAUGUCACUAGACGCCAAAUUCCUGUUGAGAUAUUUACGCGGCUGCAAAUUCAGCAUGGAGAAAGCGAAGAAGAAGCUGGACCUGACACUAACGAUGCGUACGGCUCUUCCGGAAUUCUUCGAUGGAUGGGAUCCGCUCUCACCUGAAAAUCAAGCGAUUCUUAGUAUUGGAGGUGGAUCUCUUCCACUUCCUGGAUAUGACCAUUUAGGUCGUAAGGUGAUACUCAUCCGACCCGCCGUGGUCGAUCUUGUCAAGUUCAAGUUCGAACAGGUCCAACGCGCAGGUUUCAUGGUCUCGGAAGUGUUGGGAGACGAAGACGAGCAGCUUUUCAUCACUGGAAUGGUCGCACUGGUCGAUUUUUCAGGCUAUACUAUGAAUCACGUCACUGGUACUCCAGUCUCUUCGGUCAAAAAGUUGAUGGUUUGCUUCCAGGAUGCAGCACCUAUGAGCCCUAAAAGCAUGAAUUACAUUCACACACCAGCAGUUUUCAAUAUAUUGAACAAUCUCGUAAACGGUCUCAUGAAAGAGAAAAUUAAGAAAAGAUUGCAUAUGCAUGGAGAAGACUUGGAAUCCCUCUACAAGGAAAUACCCCAAAAAAUGCUGCCCAAAGAGUAUGGCGGUGAAAAUUCGUCCGUUGCAGAACUCAGUGCUUACUGGAAGAAAAAGUGUGAGGAUCGUCGAGAUUUUCUGAUUGCGACGUCCAAAAUGAGGUCGGAUGAAUCCAAACGUCCUGGUCGACCCAAAACGUCCGACGAACUAUUUGGGAUUGAAGGAUCCUUCCGGAAACUCAACGUGGAUUAGAGACCAACUGAAAUUGAAAUAAAUAAAAUAAUUGUAGUAAAUUAGGGGUUUCUUUCUCUGUGAACUUUCCUCUCGUCAAAUAUUUGAUUAAUUUAUGUUUUGGUGUUUGCCAUGGGCAAAGUUGAUGCUCAAUGUAUCUCCUAGUUUUACCAAAAUACACUCGAUAUUAUCUGGA